AUGCUGCCUUGCGCGUGCCGCGUGCGUGCCGCCCUGCCCUGCUGCCCGCGCUACAGGCUGCCCUGCACACUGCGCUGCGCACGCCACUCUGCUCUGCCGCGCGUGCUGCAGCAUGCCCUGCACACUACAUUACACCCGCUGCCCUGCCCUGCCGCCCGCACUGCACCUUGCCCUGCAGGCUGCGCUACGCGCGCCGCUCUGCCCUGCCACCAGUGCUGUAGCCUGCCCUGCACACUGCGCUACGCGCGCCCCCCUGCCCUGCCGCCCGCGCUGCAGCCUGCUUUGCACGCUGCAUUGUGCGCGCCGCCCUGCCUUGCCGCCCGCGCUGCACUUUGCCCUGCACGCUGCGUUGCGCGCGCUGCCCUGCCCUACCGCCCGCGCUGCAGCUUGCCCUGCACACUGCGCUGCGGGCGCCGCCGUGCCUUGCCGCCCGCACAGCAGCUUGCCUUGGACGCUGCCCUACGCGCGCCACUGUGGCUUGCCCUGUUGAGUUGCGGCCUGCUGCUGCCCUGCUGCCGCCCGCUCAUUGCCCUACUCAGCGCUGCCCGUCUCCUGCUACCGCUGUACCUCUUUCCUGAGCUGUCACACUUCGCCAUUGUCACUGACCUCAUGACUCACUUGUGCACCAGCGACCUUCGCUACCGUGCUGCUCUCAAGCCAGAGUUUCUGGCUACGAACCCUCCCUCGAUGUACAUCAAUCUCUACUUCCUAGUGUGUCCUCCUUCUCUCCUUACGCAUUUUGUUGCCUCUGCUACUACUGUUGACUUCCUCAGUGCUGAAGUAGCUGGUGCGGCGUCCGCUGCUAGCGAGAGACCCAACAAGGGUGGGCGUCAGAAGGGCAAGGGUGGUGGGGGUGGCGGCGGGGGUGGUGGUGGUGGAGGUAGUGGGGGCGGUGGAGGUGGUGGUGGCGGGGGUGGUGGGAGUGGCGGGGGUGGUGGGAGUGGCGGGGGUGGUGGGAGUGGCGGGGGUGGUGGCGGCACUGUGGGUGGCGGAGGCGGCUCGGGUGGUGGUCGUGGUGGAGGUAGCGGGGUUGGAGGCCAGGGAGCUACGUCAGGGCGCACAACUGGUGGAGGCGGAGGUUCUGGAGUUCUGGCGUAG